AGCUUCUAACUCCAUGUUCCAAUCACAGAGUACGAAGGAACACGUUUUUUGUGUUCGAAUGUCUGAGUGUUUGAAAUAUCUGAGGGAACUCAGGGUUUGAAAUGUCUGAGAUAUCUGCAAUAUCAUGCAUUCCAUGAACUUCUGCUUUCACAUCGCACCAUCUUUGCUAAGAACUUGAUUUCAGAUCCUCAUGCAUAGCUUUCAUCUUGUGCACUCAAUUCGGUCAGUCGUUUCCGAUAGACGUGAAGUCUUUUUUGCCACAGGGUCUACGAUUUAGGUUGGAACCAAAAUCCUGGUCUUCUGUGUUUAUUUUGAUUCCCGUUGCUUGUCCCGAGCUCAAGCAGCCUCCUGCUUUCAAUUUGCACCAUCUCCCUACGUUUGUUUUGAUUUUCCAUGAUCCAGCAGAUACCGAAGUGAUAUUUGUGUCGCUACUUGUGCACACGCACACGAGUCUCAUGCCCAGCACGCACAUGCAGGAAAGGUCAAUUCAUUUCGGGAGAGCCGGGCUUUCGAAUCGAGGAGAGGGGCAAUACCGUCUCCAACUUGAAGUACUGUUCCAAUCCUGUAGGCCCUGUUACAUUUCGCCCGCGAAUGCCAAAUAGCUCAUGUUUCUUCUCGGUGAGAGUGGAGGAGAGAAAGGAAGGUGCAGGUACGUCAAUCGUCAGUGACGGUGCUGAACUUGCGACACGGGAAAUGGAUUCCGCAGACGAGGAACCGGAGCUUCCCUCCGCCAUCCAGGACCUUGUACAGCGUCUGGAAGGAGAAGGCGAGCCUAUAACGCGGCUUCCCAAUUUAAACGGGCCAGAAUUUCUGGAGUUCUUUCCGGAGCGUGCAUCGCUCUCGACGAUCACAGGGUGGCGAAGCCAAGUGCGCCUUCGAGUGCUGGAAGCAAUCAGCAGCUGUAACACCGUUGAGAUUCUGGACGUGCAUAAUAUUUGCGGGGGAGAUGUAUCCAGGUUGAUGGCUAGCGAAUGGGAGAUGGUUUUGAGAGGAUUCAAGUAUAGCACCGUUCUACGAAUGAUAACCGUUCCAAUUCAUCUAGCGGGUUCAGAUUGGGAAAUGGAGACGUUGUGCUUACAGCUAGGGAGAAUUCUGAAUACCUCCAGCGUAACAGAAUUGAAAAUGUACUAUUGCAGAUUGAGUUCCAUAUGUUUCUUGAAUCUCGUCUCAGGACUACGAGGAAACUGCGAAUCCAAACUCCAGUCUUUAGAUUUAUUUGAAGCGUGGAAUGACUCGAGAGCGGUGAAGCAUGUGGCUGAGAUGAUCAACAGUGCUCCUCUGUUAAAAACGUUGCGAUUAGGCGGCUUUUAUGAGAAUAUGGAGGACGAGGCCCUUAAAGUCCUCUCGCAGGCUUUGAUCGAGAGCUCGUCUUUGAAGGAGUUGAUAUUACGAUGUGAGGAGAAGUGGGGACCAGCCUUGUUGCUGAAAGCAUUGGCCGGAGAUGAAGGCAACCGAUCCAUUGAACGGGUUCAGCUUAGGAAUAUGGAUAGACUCGGAGAAGGGAACUUAAGGGAACUUCUUAUUUCCAACCCAUCAUUGAAGGAAGUGGAGUUGUCCUUUUACCAAAUGCGUCCAAGGGAAUGGCACCAGCUCGGCGAAGUCAUACGUGACAAUGCUAAUGCUAUAGCGACAACUCUACUUGUUAAGUUUGACUUUGAAUAUGAUGAUUGGAAGUCAAUAGAAGCUUUUGUUCGUUCUGUUAGCUCCGAUGGCAAGAACCCCACAGUGGAGCUUGAACUCGAUACUACGAGGGAUGCUGAAGUGAUGUUAUCACUAAACCUAUUAGGUGGGGUACUGCGCGGGGAAAUCAAAUCCCUGAAAUCUCUGAGUAUCAAAUCGAAGAGUAUAUUGGCCCGUGGUAAUAAUUCUUUUAUCACUUUCAGUAUCCUCCCGAUGAAUGGGAAAAUUGGAGAAACUUCGGUCUCUUCAGGACUGAAGUUUCUCCAAUUGGAUUUUCGAAGCACACGUCUUUCGAAGGCAGUAUGGGAGGAACUGGUUCGGUGCAUGCGAGGGAACCACCUCACUCACUUGGAUUUGUCUGAGUCCGAACUCAACGAGGAGGCUUUCAGGGACCUGAUGGGGGUCCUGCAAGUGAACUUGGCUCUGCAGGAAAUCGAGGUCUCGCGAACCUCAUGGGCAAGGGACGGAAAGGCGGCGCAGAUUCAAGAGGCACUGAACCAGAACCAGAAGCGGGCCGUGUACAUGUCCGUUUUCAGAAAAGCCAACUUAACAUUUGGAGAUGCAAAAGCUGGUCGACUUUUCUUGUGCGGCUCUCCUAGAGCAGGCAAGACUCAAUUGCGUAAAACUCUGAUGAAGAUAAAUCAAGCCAAAAGCUGGCCAGGCAAAACCAGUCUAUUCAGUAAAUUGGAAGUACUAUGGAGGACGAAAGGUAUUGAAGUGGAGUUAUUGCAAAAUGAUGACAAUAUGCAAAUCUCAGUUUGGGAUCUUGCAGGACAAUGGAUUUUUCGUACCCUUCAAAAUGUGUUAUUCCCUCAAACCAACAAUUUUUGUGUUUUUCUUUUUAUGUAUAGCCCCUUCUGUGAGGAAACAUCUUCAGUUAAACCAGACUCUUGUUUCAGAACUGAGUUGGAAGAGUGGUUGAGUUUUAUCACAUCUAGCACUAAGGUCACCGGACGUGAUCUUCCUCAAGUUUUUGUUGUGAUUUCUCACAAGGAUAAAGCCAAAUACAACUCUUUGAGUUGGGCCCAGUCCAUAGUGAAAGAAUUGACCAAAAGAUUCGCAAAUUUUGUGGAUCUCCGCCCUAUUCUAGAGUAUUUUCAUGUGGAUGCUCGGGAGAAGAAGCAAGUUAUUCCUCUUAACAAGCACAUUCUUGAGAAUUUCCACGAGUUGUUGAGAGAGAAAUCCCCACAGGUUCCCGCAUUGUGUUCUCAACUCAUCUCUCUCUUGGUUACAAACACCAAGAAGAACAAAAAAUUUCCCUUGUGGUCAUCGAAAAAGUUUCAUGAAUUUUGUGCUCCACAAUUGUCUAGCUUCAUUCCAUCAUCUUCUGCUUACUUUGUUAAUCAUUCAAGUAUAAUGGAAUCUAUCAUAUCCUAUUUGAAUGAUGUUGGAUCCAUCAUUUACAUCCCCAACCUUGAUUACAUCAUUGUCGAUCCCAACUGGCUCACCAAUACCUUCUUGGGUGAGCUUAUAGCUGUGGGUCAACACUUUCAAGCUGAAAAAGCUGAGUCUUCUUCUGGAAAGAGCUCAUACGCAAGCAAGGACGGAUUUGUGAGUGAGAGUGUCUUUGCUGGACUGAUAGAGAAGUUUCUGGGAAAGCAACCACGCUUUCAAAAUGUGGACAGAGAGAUGCUUGAAAACAUCCUUAUCAAUUUAGAUUUGUGUUUCAAGCUUGAAGAUACUUCUGAGUAUUUCAUUCCUUCCUUCAUCCCUGAGCAUGCAAGCAAGGAGGAACAGAAUCAUCAAGAAAGUGCGCAUGUGAAGUCGAUGAAUUGGGCAAAUAGGAGUGCGACUUCACAGUUUGUCGGCAUUCGGAUUCAAUGCCAAGAUGAGAGAACAAUGUCCUUGACUGCUGCUUUUUUUCCACGCUUCCAGAUGUUCAUGAGACGCAAGUUGAUAUCCGAGAUGCAUGUUCCCGAGGAAAAUAUGACUUGUUCUCGACAUUAUCUGCGACUUUUCCUUGACGGUCAUCAGAUAUAUAUCGAACACGUUCAAAGUGAAAAGUCUCACAAAUACGUAGAUGUUCUGAUGUUAUGCUCGAGGCAUAAGUCAAGGGAGGCGGCUAUUACAUAUGUGAUGAAGCAUAUCGUCCAGGAGUUGAUAUCAUUUUGCGCAUCAUCGAAAGGCUGUCCUGGGGUGGCGUUAGUGCUUGGUGUGAUCCAAACAUUCUGUGUGGAGAUGCUGAUUCCGAGUCAUCUUAGAGGAGCCAUUUUGAUCGAGAAGCUGAAAUUGGACUUCAUUCGUAGCAUCAAUGACAAAUUUGAGGAAAUGCCGCUGCAAAGGUUGCACUUGGUGGAGAAGGAAGAGUUGUUCCACUAUGAGCAGUGUUGGCCUCCAAUUGAAAGGGACACCGACGGAAUAUCCGAACGUGCGAGGGAUUUGUUGUGGGAGAGCGAUGUGGAAGCAGUUGUGAAUGAGAUUCGGCAAAAUCGAAUUCAACAGUUGGAGUCAUUGCAGGAAGGUAUAAUUAGCGUGGACAAUGAUUUGGCUCAAUGUUAUCCUGAAGCGGAAAACAUGGUUAGCGGCUCCAAUGUCCCCCAAAUGAAAGACCUUAAACCACCUAGAUCCAGUUUCUUGAGUCGGUCCAUCACAAGUGUGGAAAAUCGUUCAACCCAACUUCUUUUGUCUAAGUUCGGCCAGCUAGAAGGAAAGGUUGAUGGUUUGGAAGGAAAGGUUGAUGGUUUGCAUGGAAAGGUUGAUGAUUUGGACGAGAGGUUGAGAGAAGUGCAUAGCAUCAUGCAAAGAGUGGACAUGAAAAUGGAACACAUACUCUCUGUGCAACAAGAACUGCAGUCAACGUUGAGUGUUUUCAUGUCUAAGGUGGACAUGAUCAUUGGCUAUUCGCAUGCUUUUCAGCAGGAGAAAACACCCAAACGACCUUACGUUACGGACGAUGUUGGAUUUUUCUCUAGGAUGAGUGCAGUUUUGCAUUUCGGGACAACCGUUCGAUUACACUUGAUGUGUGAGUCUAUAACUGGGUUUCACACUGUCAAAGAUCAGGAAGGUUUCAAGAUGCGGUUGGAUUUGAAGAAUAGGUCGUGGAUUCGGAAAACCGUUGAAAUCUCAUACAAAGUCAUGUACUAUGCGGCGAAGGCUGGUCUGGAUAAAGCACUCGGGUUGGGCCAAGGCAUUCCGGAAUGGGAAGAUUUAAAAUCUGAUAUUGUUCAGUUAGAAGGUAUUAGUGAUGAUGAUCAUAGGGCAUUUCUAAAAGGUGGGGAAAGCAGGGAGCUGCAAGAAGCAUGGUGGAGGAUUCAGCAAACUCUUGCGCCUCUGCUUCAAAAUCGCUAUUCUGAAAUCUUCAAGUUGUUUCAGGUAAAAUACGUCAGUUUAGAAAAAGGUGGGAAUGCAUGGGUGUGCGAGAAGUGCAUGAAUAAAGGCCUUCGCUGUGGAAUUUUGACAUGUUAGGAUUUAGAAGAGGUUAGAAUGCUAUUAUGCAAUGGACAAGCAUAUGUUCAGACCCUCAUGCAAAUAUAAAAUUCGUUCCGUAUUGUCCGUAUUCAGUU